AUGCGUAAAUAUCGAAAACAGAAUGAAAAACAAAAGCUAACUAUCGCUAAGUUAACCCUCCCAAGUGUUUCUAAGGAUGUGCCAGAAAAUUUUAAUACAACAGAAAAUUCAAACGCGAAAAAAUCCAAUGCAAAAGAAAACCUUAAUGAAGCAGCAAUUUCUAAUGCUGAGGAAAUUGAUAUAUCAUCUGAAACAGAAAGGAAACCACUAUCUGAAAUCCAAAAUACAGUUCCUUCAAAACGUAAAAAUGACUUACUUUUUAACAAUAGUAAACUUAAAUUUAUUAAAUAUGUUUGUAUAUCUGAGGGUAUAGUUAUAGAUGAAGGUACAUGUUUGUUAUUACCAGAUGAAUUUAAUGGCUAUAUAUGUGCUGAUACAACUGCUGAUGGAAAUUGCUUAUAUAAUGCAUUGAUGGCAUAUGCCGAUGAAUAUCUUGUCUUAGAAGUCUUUGAAAAAGAUUAUUCGUAUUCAGAUAGAGCAUUUUCAAAAGCAAAUAAUAAGAGAUAUCAGCAACCAGAAUAUAGAAAUAUUGCACCAUUUGUUGCUGAAAUUAUGGAAAUGUGUUGUAUAGGAGCAUGGAGUCCAUUAGAUGAUGAUUCCAUUGAACAAUGGAAAGAAACAAAAGUAUCACUAGAGGAUCAAAUAAUAGCAAAUGGAUUUGUUGAAGCAUUUCAAAAGCGUAAAAAUUCUUUUAAAGGUAUUACACAACAAAUUGCUGCUGAUGAAAUUUGUGAAUUAACUAAAUCACAAAUUGGAUUUGGACAAUCAGCUGUUUCUAAAAUUAUUAAAAGAUCUGAAUUACCUGCUAAUGCAUUGACGAGAGAUGCUAUUAAAUUAUGGAUUGAAAAACAAACUGAAAGUAAGGCAUUUGUGGUAUGAUUAAAUUGAAUAAUAAUAUAAUUAAAAUAAAUUUUGUUUGAACAUUUAUUAUAGCUUAAUAAAGUAUAAAUGAUUAUAAAAUUUUAUAUAUUUUAUAAAUUAAAUAAGUUAAAUAUAUUAAAUAUAUAUAAAAUUAUCACAUUUUGAUGUUGCCUCCUUGUCUUGCUGGUUUGCUUUGGUCUCCUGGAAUAUUAUAUAUUGGUGUUUCUUGUGCUUCUAGUUAGAUAUUUUCGGCUAACUAUACUAUUAUUUAAAAAAGUGUAGUUAGACGAAAAUAUUCAGCCGAAAAUAGUAGAUGUUGAACCAAUAGAUAUUCAAUAAAAUAUUCUAGAUCAACAUGAAUUUUUUUCGGCUGGGUGUUGUUAGCCGAAAAUUUACUGCGCCUUCGGCUGAAU